UGCAACAUGACGUAACACGUUGUGCAGUUCAUCGUAAAGCGUCUGUGGCACCUAAAGGUACAGUUGGUGAAUUCCAGAAAGAAAGAAAGAAAAUGCUAAAACAGGAAAAUUAGAGGUUAUGUGUUAAAAAAGUAAACAUUUUACGUCAAAAUGUACAUAUUGAAUGAUGUUUUCAUCUUAAAAAUCGUAUUAUAGUAGUUAAUAACUCAAAGAUUUCUUUCAUCGGGCUUUGUGACUCAGCCUUACUAUUUUUUUCAUAACUAGAUUUCGUGUUUCUUUUGUCAAAAAUUGACUUCCAUACAUCUCACGAAGCAGUUACGUUUCCUUUAAACGCCCCACAUUCAGGUGGACCGUAAACCUCACACGGGGCGGUGCUGCGUUCAUUGCCCCCUCCCCCCCUCAAACCACGAGGCUCGAGUGUUGACAGGCGAAUAACCGCCCAUUGGCACCUAGCUUUCAUCCGCCUGAUCCACCUCACCGAAAGACAAAGCCCCCUCUCUCCGUCCCUAGUAAAUGUGAACGCCAACCGGUAAAACCACCGUCUGAAGUAGCUCUUUAAUACAACUACACCGUUGUAGUUGUAUUGUACAAAGUUAACAUUCUGGGCCGAAAUCUGGCUUUCAAAGGACUAGGGCCGGACGGGAAUUCCGCCCUCCUGGCAGUCCUCAGCACGGAGCUUGCCCCGCAGACCCCGCCUUCUCUUAAUUUGUCAACAAAGGGGUUUGACAAGCUCGCCGAAGCCCUGCCCCAUGUUGCCAUAAAAGGAUGAUUUGGCCAUACACGGCCAACAAUCAGACCGUGGGUAACCUUUUCCGUUCCCCAUCCCGUUCAUAUGGUGCGUUGACUUCCUCCGUCGCCGUUAAAGCGGAGCUAUCAUGGCGGAGCGCGUACAGCAGCCCCCAGCCAAGCGGCUCUGCUGUAGACCGGGCUACGGCUCAACAUGUAGACAAGGCCAGCGGGCCGCGGGGGCGCCGUGCGGCAGCUCGGGAGCCACCCAGGGCGAAUCGAGCAGAACCCAGAGUCCGGAGACCCUCCUGGACAUCGCGGCGAGGAAAGUCGCUGAGAAGUGGCCGUUUCAGAGGGUAGAGGAGCGUUUCGAGCGGAUCCCGGAGCCCGUCCAGAGACGGAUCGUGUACUGGUCUUUCCCGAGGAGCGAGCGUGAGAUCUGCAUGUAUUCGUCGUUCAACACUGGCGGGGAGGAGAUCGGAAGUAGCGGGGAGAGCGGCGACGAGACGCGGCUGCCUUUCCGACGGGGCAUCGCUCUGCUGGAGAGCGGCUGCGUGGACAACGUACUCCAAGUCGGUUUUCACCUCAGUGGCACAGUAAGGGAACCCGCUACACCCUCUGAGCCAGAGCUAGUCUGCAAUGUGAGCGUCAGCUUCGACCGCUGCAAAAUCACAGCAGUGACAUGCAGCUGCGGCAACAAGGACAUUUUUUACUGUGCCCACGUUGUGGCACUCUCACUGUACCGAGUACGGAAGCCAGAGCAGGUCAAACUGCGCCUGCCCAUCUCAGAGACUCUAUUCCAAAUGAACAGAGAUCAACUGCAGAAGUUUGUUCAGUACCUUAUCACAGUGCAUCACACAGAUGUGCUGCCGACAGCACAGAAGCUGGCAGAUGAAAUACUGUCACAGAACUCAGAGAUCAACCAGGUCCACGGAGCUCCUGAUCCGACAGCGGGGGCAAGUGUAGAUGACGAGAACUGUUGGCAUCUGGAUGAGGAGCAAGUCCAGGAACAGGUCAAGCUCUUUCUCUCCCAGGGCGGGUACCAUGGCUCAGGAAAGCAGCUCAACUUACUGUUCAGCAAGGUGAGAGAGAUGCUGAAGAUGAGGGACUCCAAUGGAGCUCGCAUGUUAACACUGAUCACAGAGCAGUUCAUGGGUGACCCUAGAUUGGCGCUGUGGAGGCAACAGGGGACGGCCAUGACUGACAAGUACAGGCAGCUGUGGGACGAACUAGGGGCCCUGUGGAUGUGCAUCGUGCUGAACCCCCACUGCAAACCUGAGCAGAAGGCUUUCUGGCUACGUCAGCUUCGCAGGUGGAACAGCGUGGAUGUCUGCCCCUUGGAGGACGGUAACCAUAGUAGCGAACUGACCAAUCUGACCAACGUUCUGCCCCAGGGCCCUGCUGGUAACCCAGACUCGCUGUCUCGGCCUCACCGGACGGUCUUCACACGAGCCAUCGAGGCCUGCGACCUGCACUGGCAGGACCCCCACCUGCAAAACAUCAUCACGGAGGACCACUACACCAACUACUGCUACCAUGAGAACCUCGACUCGUCCCUCUUCGACACCCGAGGGUGGCCUUUGUGGCAUGAGCACGUCCCUACAGCGUGUGCCCGAGUGGAUGCCCUGAGAUCACACGGAUACCCCAAAGAAGCGCUCAGGCUGGCCAUCGCCAUCGUCAACACACUGCGGCGGCAGCAGCAGAAACAGCUGGAGCUCUUUCGCUCCCACAAAAAAGAGCUGCUAAACAGAGGAAUUACAGCAGUCACCAACCUGGAAGGAUGGGUGGGCCACCCUCUGGACCCCAUCGGCACCCUUUUCAGCACCCUCAUGGAGAUGGGGAGGGGCAGCGAGGAGGGAAUUCUGCUUGAUUUCUCAGGCUCGCUGGGUUCAGGCAGAUGGACGGAGCAUCCGGUUUUCCCAGCGCAGCGUUUCUUGGAAGAAGGAGAGUCUUUCCUGUCGUUGGCUGUGGAGACAGCUCUCAUUGGACUGGGGCAGCAGAGAGUGAUGCCAGACGGCCUUUACGCUCAGGAGAAAGUGUGUCGCAAUGAAGAGCAACUAUUGGGCAAGCUUCAAGAAAUUGAUUUAAAUGACAUGCUGGUGAAGAUCUUCCGGAAGCAAGCUGUCUUACUGCUAGAGGCUGGUCCUUACAGUGGUCUGGGGGAAAUACUCUACAGAGAGAGUGUCCCCAUGCACACUUUUGCCAAGUUUCUGUUCACCUCCCUGCUACCUCACGAUGCUGAACUGGCAUAUAGAAUUGCACUGAGGGCUAUGAGGUUGCCGGUCCUGGAGUCCACAAACCCCUCUAGUGACUUGUCUCGGCCUCACCACAUAGUGUCGGUGGUGCCCAACCGAUACCCUCGCUGGUUCACUCUAAGCCACAUAGAGACUCAACAGUGUGAACUGGCCUCCACGAUGCUCACUGCUGCUAAAGGUGAUGCUCGCAAACUAGAAACUGUGUUAGAGUCGAUCCAGAAGAACAUCCACUCCUCCUCCCACAUCUUUAAACUGGCCCAGGAUGCCUUCAAAAUUGCCACUCUCAUGGACAGCCUGCCUGACCUCACGCUGCUCAAGGUUUCCCUGGAGCUGGGCCUUCAGGUGAUGAGGAUGACCCUGUCUACACUGAACUGGCGUCGGAGAGAGAUGGUGCGCUGGCUUGUCACCUGUGCUACUGAAGUCGGCGUGUUUGCUCUGGACAGCAUCAUGCAGAACUGGUUCACCCUCUUUACCCCCACUGAAGCAACCAGUGUUGUGGCUAGCACUGUCAUGUCCAACAGCACUAUUGUCCGCCUGCAUCUGGACUGCCAUCAGCAGGAGAACCUGGCCAACUCUGCCCGCACCUUAGCCCUGCAGUGUGCCAUGAAGGACCCCCAAAACUGUGCCCUCUCAGCUUUGACACUCUGUGAAAAGGACCACAAUGCCUUUGAAACAGCCUAUAAGAUUGUACUGGAUGCAGCUGCCACUGGAAUGAACUACACACAGCUGUUUACAAUAGCACGCUACAUGGAGCACCGCGGUUAUCCAGCAAGGGCCUACAAACUAGCAACGUUAGCCAUGACUCACCUGAACCUAAGCUACAACCAAGACACACACCCGGCCAUUAAUGAUGUGCUCUGGGCAUGUGCUCUCAGCCACUCCCUGGGUAAAAACGAACUGGCAGCCGUCAUCCCUCUAGUGGUGAAGAGUGUGAAGUGUGCCACUGUCUUGUCGGACAUUUUACGCCGGUGCACUCUAACAACACCAGGUGGCAUGGUGGCACUACACAGUCGCAGAAACUCUGGAAAGCUGAUGUCUCUGGACAAAACUCCACUCAGGCAGCUACUGGACGCCACAAUCGGGGCCUACAUCAACACAACGCACUCUCGGCUGACGCACAUCAGCCCACGCCACUACAGCGAGUUCAUCGAGUUCCUCAGCAAAGCCAGAGAAACAUUUCUCAUGGCACACGACGGACACAUCCAGUUCACACAGUUCAUAGACAACCUAAAACAGAUAUACAAGGGCAAGAAGAAGCUCAUGAUGCUUGUUCGAGAGAGAUUUGGUUAAAAGACGAUCAUAUGACCAAAUUGUAUUUUUGUUGUUGUUGUUUUGUUUGUUGUCUCCUUUUUUUUAAAUCCUUUCUAACUUGAAGUGAAAAUCCACCUAAAACAACUUACAUGUGAAUCUUAUUUCUGUGCUUUAGGACUGCUGGGUCUGAUGGAUAACACAAUUUCCUCAAGGCAAAUAUUUAAGACUGUGACGUUAAAACGUUACCGAGCAUGAUCACACACAGAUUCUAGUGUUGGGUAGCCAACACUAGAAUCUGGCCCAAAAGGUUUUAGAGUAAAGUUUAAAAUUUGGAGGGGAAAAAAAGACUGUAAACCAUAUCCGCAACACCCGGGGCCAAGACUAAAACAGAGUGUACACACUUUUUUGUUUGGGAGAUUUGAGGCUUUUCAUACCGGUUCUGUCCUUAUCCAGCUUAUUUCACCAUAAAUAGAUAUACAAAUGCACUGAGUCUUUUGUCACAUAAAUAAUUCUGAAUGUAGAGUUAGUUGCUACUGGUGGAUAGCUAAUGGCUAUACUGUGACCAUGUUCGUUCUAAGAUAGUUGCUCUUAUAACGCAUACAAUUGUGAUGUCGGCCAAGACAGUACUGUAAAUACAGACGUUCCCAUUGGGGCUUUAAUCAGACAUGUAACUUGUAAAUCAUCUUCACCCCAGUAGCAGUAGCUACAACCAUAGUCAUAACUGCAGCAAGAGUAAUGCCCAAAAACUUUAUCUGCUAGUGAUUAUAUUUAGCCUUCGAGAACCAGAGGAAGGAAUCUACCUUUAAUGGCCACUCAUCACCACAUUCUGGAGUCAGUGUGGCAUCAUCAUAGUAGAGACACAGAAAAGCAACAAUUUUUCUUAUUUGACAGUAUUCUUUUGAAAAUGUUUUUAAUUAUUUAAAUAGUUGCCAACUAUUAUUUUCUGUUGAUCCACGGAUAGAUUAAGUAAUUGGAUCUCUAAUUAAAUGUAUUAGUUUGAACUGCAAUAUAAUCACAAAGUUAUAGGUACCGCUCCACCAAUUUGUGAUAUUGUAGCGCCAAACCAUAAUUCUUAUUAAAUGUUUAAAAGAUAAGCAGGAAUUACAUUUUAGAGUUCCUGUUCAGUCUGUUCAGGGAGUUCUUCCUUCCCACUGACAACAAGUGUAUGAUAAUGGUAGAGUUAUUUCUCGAACGUUGUAUGGUCUUUUCCUUAACCUCCGAAGACACGAACUCUUCCACGACAUGCAUUUUUCAUUUCUCUUUGAUAUUUGUGCAUAUUGGGGCCCGAUGAAUGUAAAAACAA